AGUGUUUACAUCAGAAGACCGGAAGGGGGUUUGAGCAACAUGGCAGAAAAGUGUUUCAGCGUGGAGAUUCAACUGGAGCGGAUGAAAAACGAUUUAAAGCCGCAUUUUGGCCCAAACUGAAGGAGGAUAAGAACAGAGAGACCCUGACCCAGAGGCUGCUGCUCUCUGACACCCACCAGAGAUGUCCAAACCGGCUGUUACCUCCCUCCAGCAGGCUCUGAGAAGAGGCUUCGUGACUCUGGACAACAAUCAGGCGGUUUGGAGGAGCGGGAUAGCGGAGUGCAGCCCGCUGCUGGAGUCUCUGAAGAACCUGGCGGAGCAGAUGAGAGCCCUCUCCAGCGUCCGGAUCUCCAGCACGCCGCUCAAAGACUUCCCGGAGCUGCAGGAACGGCUUCAAUUCAAGCUGCUGCAGGCCGCAGACACAGUGCUGGGGAAACUCAGCGAGAAGAUCUGUGUCCUUCAGUCGGUCAGAGACGCCGUGGGUAACCAGCUGACUGCGGUCCUGCAGCUGUACGAGCAGAACGCCGACUGUUUGAAUCUGCCUGCUGUGACCGAGCGCGCCGCCGCCGCCCCGUCCAUCACCGACAUGCUGGCGUGGCUUCAGGACGCCGAACGGUUCUACAGACGACAGUUCCUGCGGAGGAAAAGUCUGCUGCAGACGCUGAGGCUGGACGACCUGUCGCUGCUGGAAUCUGCUCCCAGCCGGUGGAAGUCUCUGGAUUCUCCAGAAGCAGAACAGCAGGUCACAGAAACACUCUGCACACUCUCCUUCUUCAUGGAGUCGCUCUGAAGACCUGGAGACCUGGACUGCAUCAAGACCUGGGUCCGAAUCAUGAUCUGGGUCCAUAUCUGCUCCCGGACUCGGAUCUGCUCCCGGAUGGAAACUUCCAUGUCAGACUUUAAGAGGAAAAUCUGGGACAAACUGAGUCUAUCACAGAUUUUUCUUUGACUUUUUAUCUUUAUUUCACAGUUUCAACACACACACACACACACACACACAGUCACCUUGGUGACAUCAUCGUGUUGCCUUCAGGUGCUGCUGUAAAUCUGUAAGUCUCAGUGCAGCAAAACACUGAACAAAACAAACAGAAUAAAUUUCAUUUUAAUACUUCAGAAGACUCAAGAAGCAUCACACUCCUCCUCAUCGUCUUCAUCCCUACUCUUCCUAGACAUACUCCUUCAGCGGGAGGCUGUUGGAGGUGAUGGGUUUAGGGGGGUCUGGUGCGGGUGA